CGGGGAUGGAGCUCGACUUUGUCUCGACGAUCUGGCCAAGGAGCCAAGAGGACUUCGGAAAGUCUGGAGAUUUGUGGGUCGGUUCCCCCGCUUCUGGGUGCUUUCGUAUACACAAGUUUGGGUGGGCACUGGGCAAGUGCCACUUGAGUGCUCAGCUGGGCGGUUCUAGGAUUUUGUGCUUUGGAGAGGGUGCUGCGAAGGUUUGCUUGCAGCUCGGAUCCAGGGAGAUGAGGGGUAUGUUGGGGUUGGGCUGCCGCUUACUGCAUUUGAAGGGGCAGGUUGUUCUUAAACUGCUGGAACUCUUCUUGAGCAAUUUAAUGUGUCCUUCUGUCUUCAUUUCUGUACUUCUCCUCUCGAAAGGUCCCCACUACGUUUUCUUGAUUCCUGUCUGUCCUUGACAUCCAAUUGACCGUAUUCGACAUGUGCGACCUACAAGAAGUUGACGUUAUCUUUGCUGGGGGAGGAACCGCUGCUUGUGUAGCAGCUGGUCGUCUGGCCAAGGCAGCUCCGAAUCUCAAGAUCCUCCUUAUUGAAGGCGGAAAAAAUAACUUCAAUGACCCAACUGUCGUAAAUCCAGCCGUUUACCUGAGCCACCUUGCUCCGGACAGCAAAACUGCUUUAUUCUACAAAUCGAAAGCCUCGAAGCAUCUCAAUGGCCGAGAAGCUAUCGUUCCAAUGGGAGGUCUUCUCGGCGGAGGUUCCAGUAUAAACUUCAUGAUGUAUACCCGAGCUCAAGGGAUUGAUUUUGAUUCGUGGAAUACUGAAGGAUGGGCUGCAAAGGAUAUGAUUCCUCUUUGCAACAAGUUGGAGACUUAUCAUCCGAAGGGGCAAGCAACUGACCCGAGCAAGCACGGCCAUGAUGGCCCCAUUCAUAUUAGUGACGGCGGAUUUAGGGGAAAGAGUGAAUUGGAAUUCGCUAAAACUGUGGAGGGAAUGGGAUAUCGGAUGAUCGAAGAUCUGCAGGACUUUGACGCAGUCGGCGGCUUCUCCCACUGGCAACGUUAUGUGUCUCCAGACGGAAAGCGACAAGAUGCAGCUCAUCGCUUCAUUCAUCCACUUUUGCAAGACGGAAGGCACCCAAAUCUCCACAUUCUUACCGAUUCAAAAGUCAUUCGUGUUCUCUUCGACGACUCUACCCCACCUCGCGCCAUCGGCAUUGAAUACAAGCCAAACGCUGAUCAUCAACCCGAACUUGCUCUUUCGAAGCCAGUUCACAAGACUAUCAAGGCGAAUAAGCUUGUCGUCAUCAGUGCUGGCGCCCUUGGAACCCCACAGAUAAUUGAGAGGUCUGGUGUAGGCAAUUCCGACAUUUUAAGGAAGGCUGGAGUGCCCGUUGUUGUAGAUAACAAGGGCGUCGGCGAGGAAUAUCAAGAUCACCAUCUUCUGCUUUACCCAUACAGGACGAAGGGCCUUGACGAUGGGGAAACACUUGAUGGGAUUUUGAGUGGACGUAAGGACUUCAUUAAGGCAUUUGGAGAGAAAGAUCCUAUGCUUGGAUGGAACGGAAUUGAUAUAUGUGCGAAACUCAGACCCUCAGAUAAAGAGAUCGAGGCCCUCGGACCCGACUUCAAGAGAGAUUGGGACAAUGACUUCAAGCCCUUCCCCACUCGUCCUUUGAUGCUUUGCGGAGUUGUGAAUGCCUUCCUGGCUGAUCCAUCGCUUGUUGAACCGGGCCAAUACAUCACCAUGGGAACUUAUACAGCAUAUCCGUAUAGCCGUGGAAGCAUUCAUAUUACAGACAAAGAGGAUGUUCUGACUGGAUAUGAAUUUGAUACGGGAUUCCUCAAUCACCCCUCAGAUUUGAAGAAGCAACUUUGGGGAUAUAAGAUGUCUCGAGAGAUCGCCAGAAGGCUCCCUUAUUUCAAUGGCGAACUAGAGCUUGGCCACCCAAAAUUCCCGUCCGGCUCCAAGGCCUCUCUUACCAGUGGCAACCAUGCGAGCGGCGACGUGAAGGACAUCGAAUACAGCAAGGAGGACGACGAAGCCAUCGAGGAUUGGAUUAGGGGCAAUCUCAACACGACAUGGCAUUCCCUGGGUACUUGUGCGAUGAGACCCAAAGAAAAGGGGGGAGUUGUGGACAAGGAUCUGUCCGUUUAUGGAACUCGGGGCUUGAAGGUGGUUGAUUUGUCCAUCGUUCCGGAGAAUGUCGGGGCUAAUACCAACAACACGGCUUUGGUGGUUGGAGAGAAGGCAGCUGUCAUUAUUGGCAAUGAGUUGGGCAUCAAGGUUUAGAGGAGAUGGGAAGAAAUUACAGAGAUUCUAGGAGUAUACCUCAUUGUGUGUUAAGUGUCCCGGGCAUAUUUAAUGAAAAAUUUGACUUCAAAUUCCAC